CGCUACACAAACUUGGACCUGGAAAGCUUGAGGCGCCAGGCCCCGAUCGAUCAAGCGCACCUCCCUUCGGAGAGAGGCAGCAGCCGUCCAUCUCCGGCGCCGGCUGGCUCGACCUCGGCCGCAGUCAUGUCGAAGAAGAAGGCGGUGACGACGAUGACGCUCAAGGACUUCCACGGCGGCUCCAUCCCCUCCGAGCUCCCUCUCCCCUCCGCCCCUGGCGUCUCUGCACGACCGCCCGACCGCCCCACGGCCCCUCCGUCCGCCUCUUCGACUGCAUCCGCGCGCCCGCGCACUCCCGCUGCUUCCUCCGCAGCGGCGGCGGCUGCCGCUGUCCCUUCCUUCCUCACCAACCCCUCCCGCAUCGGCCGCCACUUCGAUGAGGACGAGCGCACGCCCUUCGAGCUGGCCGCGCCUCGCCGACCUGCGCCGUCGCCCCCGUCGUUCCCCUCCGUGCCGGCGGUGGCCCCUGCUAGAUCUGGACCGGGUAACGCCUGGGGUGCGAAGAGGGAGGUCGCUCCAGCCGCGCCGCCGGUUGUUCCUGCCGCCAGCAGCGGUCAGAUCUGGUCGGCGACGCGCAUCGCGCAGGCGAGCGCUGUGGAGAAGGUAAUCUCCGGUAGGUGGCAUUUGUCCAAGCCCUCCUCCCCGCCCGCCUCUGUGUCGGCACCAGUGCUGGAGACUCAGGUGGUCCCGCCUGAGAUGGAGAGGUCAGGGUUGGUUGGAACGAGAGGGUUUGACACUGCCAUCGAGAGGCCAAGGGCAUUGGCUGUGAGAGAGCUGGACGGUGCCAUGGAGAGGCCAAGGUCAGUUGGAUUAAGAGGGCUGGACGUUGCCAUGGACAAGGGGGUGGAACCAGUGAGGCCUGCAUCACAUGAAGGCAGGGUUGGGGAAGGGAAAAUCGGAGAGGUGCCAGAAAGGCCCAAGCUGAAGCUGCUUCCUCGUUCCAAGCCAAUCGAAUCCCCUGCACCAUCACCUACCUAUAUGGAAGAGAAGCAGGUCCUUCCGGUCCCUGUGAUAGCGAGUGUCAUGCAGGUUGAGGUUGUUCAUGAAGCGCGCCAGAAUGCGAUGGUCGCCAAAACGGGAGUGGCAGGGGCAGAUGCUGAAAGCAGGGCAACAGUGGAGCGACCACGGCUGAAUCUGAAACCUCGCUCUAAUGGAGUGGGUCAGUCUGGUGAAAGUGCUGCAAAGGAGAGGCCAUCCCUCUUUGGUGGUGCUCGCCCCCGGGAACAAGUUCUCAGAGAUCGUGGUGUGGAUGCUUUGGCAAGUGACCUCGAGAUCACCUCUCCAGUUGGCAGGUCCAAAAAUGAAUUUGCAAAGGUCGAGCAGAAGGUUGAAGGUAUGACCAUUAACCCUUCAGGCGAAAAGGCUGAGAGUUUUGCAGUUGGUCACAGAGGCCCAAGGAAUGCUGAUAGGAAAGAUUACAGGCGGGAUACAGACAGGGCUGAUGCAUACAGGCCUACACGACGCGAUGAGAGCAGGAAGGUUGCUAGAGAUGUGGAAAAGCAGCCUGAACAACAACGCCCAGAGCCUGAAACCUGGCGUAAACCAGUGGAGCCACCAAAGCCUGAGGUUACUGCACCUCGGUUUGGGAAAGCAGCGACUGCCUUGGAGCUCGCCCAAGCCUUCUCCAAGUCCAUGUCUGAUACUGUGCCGCAGUCUCGCUUGACCAGUGUUCCUAGUCCAAGAGUUCCUCCGAGCCCAGGGGCUAGGGAUCAGGUUGGCUUUUCAAGGCUCACUAACAACGGGGCAUUGCACUCUGGAUCUUCACAGCGAAAGAUUAACGGUUACUGAUCCUGUGGCGAACAUACACUAUGAUCCCGUGAUGACACGGUUCAAAUGUCAUGGCCAUCCUGAAGCACACUCACUGCUUUACAUUACAGCCUUGUUCAGUUGUUCCAGCAUGGGGAAGUCGAAUUGUGCGGUGCAGGAGGGGCGCUAGUCUCAUUUUUUAGCAAACAAAUGUUCCUCUUGUAAGUUGGUGGCCCAUUUCGUCUCUUGAUAACAGGAGAUGAGAAUUUAUAAACUUUCUAUUUGUCAGCCUGCUACCCGCCUGUGAUAUAAGCUGGGGAAUAAUUGCUACCCUUGUAUUGGCAUAGUUGGGCUUGCCGUGUAUUGAUUCUGGCGUGCUUGUUUUAUGGUGUUGCCAGAUUAGGGUGUUUACACCCUCUUACCAAAAUGAUUUCAUUGCGAUUUCAUCAGCAAAGUUAAUUAUGAGUG